GUUCCUUCAGCCCUGUCCAUUACGAAUUAAUCCAAUUGGACAUCACUCUGGACAUUUUGGUGGCAUGCAACAGUUUGAUGAGUGUGUAUGAAUAAUUGCUGACGGAUAAUUAGUGCGGCGCGGCGCGUAAAUGUGGUUGCAAGUGUUUUAGGGCACCGUUGGGGCGUCCUGUUAUGUUCCGGUGGCCGAACAGUGACUGACCGGUCUCUUCUCGAGCUAUGGAUGUGUUUAGGGGGGCCCUGGUGGCCCUCGCAAUGCUUCUUGUCUCCGUCGGACUAGCUGCGUGCCACGAACAAGAGGACCUGGGCAAAAUUCAAUUUGAGGCGGCUUUCCAAGGACAUUGUGAUCAUGGAAGUCCUUGCGAGCAGCUUUGCUAUGAGCUGCAUGAUGGAAUGUACGAGUGUGACUGCAAGGAAGGAUUCAUCCUUAGAGAGGACGGAUACAGCUGUUACGAAAUUAAUUCGACGGCAUCACCUCUCUCCCUUGAGGAGUCGCAGUCAAUCACGCGCGAAGACAUCAUAUAUCAGAAGGAUGCAGUAAUGGAUGCACUCGAAUUCACCCUGUCGAACGUGACAGAAGAGAGCAACGAUAUACUCGAGGGAUCGUCGAAUGCCACGUCUUCGUUUGGUAAUUUCACUACGCAAGGUCCCAGACUGGAACAGAAGCUAACACCUGACGGUACGACUGUUCCGAGAGCCACACUGCCAAUAUCAAUUGAGAAACUAUGCCCCCUCGAUUGCGGGCCCGGGGGAGGAUGCAGUUUAGGAGUUGGCGACGAACAGCCCAAGUGUCUUUGUCCACUCGGCAAAGGUGGCAAAGGAUGCGAAGAAGAUAUGGAGAUCCGUUCGCCGAGGUUCACAGGUUCGAGCUGGUUGGCGUUUCCCGCCCUCCGCGGCGCCUACAAGCACGUGCAAUUGGCCCUGGAAUUAAGACCGGAGGCUUACGACGGCAUUUUUUUUCUAACCGGUGAGAGAGACGACAUGGCCGGCGAUUUUAUGGCCCUCCUGCUGCACCAAGGCUUCGUCGAGUUCCGAUUUGACUGUGGUUCCGGCGUCGGAGUGGUCCGAUCCGAAGAAACGGUUUUAUUGAACCAGUGGAACCACAUAACACUGUACAGACAUCGAUGGGACGCGUGGCUCCAAUUAAAUUCCGGCAAACACGUGCAGGGACGAAGUAAAGGACUUUUCUCCAGAAUAACAUUUAGGGAACCCCUGUUCAUCGGCGGCCCCGGCAAUACAACGGGAUUGGGUGAAAAACUACCCGUUUCAAAGGGAUUGAAAGGAUGUAUCAGGCAUCUGGAAGUCAAUGAUCAUCCGUACAAAUUUGCACUCGAGCCCAAGGGAGAGACCACCAAAGGAUAUGGAAUUGAGGAGUGUACUGCGGAUCGAUGCAGCCGAGUACCGUGUCAGCACGGUGGAAAAUGCCUGACCAGCGAAACGUCGGCGGUCUGUCUCUGUCCAUUGGGUUUCUCCGGCGAUCUGUGCGAGAUACGGGUCGAUCUGCAGGUGCCUUCGUUCAACGGGUCCAGCCACUUGAGGUACCGCGGCCUAUCGGAUGCCGCUCUCACCUGGCUCGACCUGGAGAUCAUCUUCAAGCCGACCGCCCCCGAUGGAUUGAUGAUGUACAACGGACACCGACUGGAUGGUAUGGGUGAUUUCAUGGGUCUGUAUCUGAAUGAUGGAUUUGUGGAGUUCGCUUACGAUCUUGGUACCGGCUCGACUGUUGCACGGAGUCGAUACAGGGUGUCUUUGGGCGAGUGGCACAAGGUGAGGAUAUCACGAACGGGUCGGCUGGCUAUUUUAUCGGUGGACAAUCAUCUCCCUGUGGAAGUUCUGUCGCCUGGAGCCUUUACCCAACUUUCCCUACCCCAAAAUUUGUAUUUAGGAGGCGUCCCCAACUUCGGCAUCGUCUCGCCUCAGGUAAGAGUAAGAACGGCAUUCGUCGGAUGCGUGCAAAAAGUCCAAAUCAAUGGACGUCUAGUGGCAAUUUUGGCGGAAGCGUUAGGCGGCGCAAACGUCGACAAUUGUCCGCAUCCCUGUGUGGCCAGACCUUGUGGUGAAGACGGCGAAUGCGUUCCCCAAUUGGACUAUUUCACCUGCAGAUGCAAACCAGGGUACAGAGAUCACCUAUGUUCCCGUGGACCUCCAGCAUUCCACGGCACCAACAGUUACUUGCAUUUGAACGACGCAGUCACGCUGGACACUAUAUCAACCGAUCCUUUGGACGUGAACGUACGAUUCAAAUUAUCCUCGGAGUCUGGACUCCUUCUCUGGGCUUCGACAACGGGCAGCUAUUUAUCCUUGGGUCUAGAAAAGGGUGCGUUAGUGCUAAGGUACAGCGUCAGAGACUCGGAUGAAGAAAUCAAGGUGGUUUACAACUCAACGACAGUCCAUGAUGGCUUAUGGCAUCGAGUUAAAGCAGUAAGAGAUGGAUCAUCUGGGCUUUUGGUGGUGGACAACGGUCCAGCUAUAACAAGACAAUCGGUCGAAAUUACGGAAAAAUCCAACUCGGUACAUGUACAUGAGGAGGAAGGGUUGUACGUGGGCGGAAUGCCGGUGUCAGCCCUUGUCCUAACGAGGUACAAAAACGGCGUAAGAGGAUGCGUCGCCGAUUUAGUGAUCAAUACGGAUUACCAUCUGCAGCUUAUCAAUCACUCGGAAAUCGGACACAAUGUGGGAGAAUGCGAAGUUUGAAGCCAAUAAUUCCAUCCAUUAACGUUGGACAUACAAAACAAUACAAACUUAAAGUCAAUACAUUGCGCUUAUUCGAUGACAUGAAGCAUCAUCGCACUUGGGUAAAAAAUGGCGCCCAACAUGGGGCCUAAUUUUUUUAGUGGAAGUGUACAUUUAUACUGUUACCUAUCUGACAUUUACGUAUUUAAAUGUGUGAUUUCAGAGAUUAAACAUAAGGCUGACUACUUUGAGCUAUUACGAUGAUUUCUAAGGAUAUGUGCGAUGAUAAUUGUGCCUUGACCAAUUCCUACUUCAGUCACGUAUAGCAACAGUUCUUCAUUCAAGAGAAACUGCUGGUAUUCGAUAAGACAGGGGUUAAUAAUUCUUGACGCCGUAUCUUUAGACCAAGUCUUAUUAAAAAUAGUUGUGUGUAUAGUCCGCUAAGUGAGGGCCCACAAACGAGGACCAGUUAGCGGAUUUUUAAGGAUUUGUGUUAGGAUUGUAGAUAGUCAAAAAACUAUGGAUAAGGAUUGGAGCUUUUGUAUCUUUUCAUUUCUUUUGUAUACUUCGCAUGGGAGGGAGGUAACAGAAUUUUUGCAAGUAUGCUCACACUACGGCAUCCAAAUCAAACCUGCACAGGCCUUGGUAUUACCAGAACUAGAAUGCAAUCAUCAUCAAUGAAAUCAAAACUAUAUCGAAUUAUAAAGUUACUAUUUAUUUCCAUUUCAUUUCUUCAUUCUAAUUAAACUAAACUCAUUAUCUUCUAGUUAAAUGGUAAAUUAUAUGUCUUCUUAAAAAAAAUACAAUUACUGAUGUGUGCACCAAUAAAAAUAUUUAUUUCAAUGAUAAGGUAGAAAACUUUUAAAAAUACUUACUUUCGGAAUAUUUUAUGAUUGCACUUGUGUUGCUUGUAAUCAUUUUAGGUGUAACAUGUUAAUGUUAAUGUACUAUAAACAUAAAAAAUAUAAAUAUAGAGUUUCUAUAAAAUGUUGCUAGUCAUUGGCAAUAACUAAUAAAAAUUAUAAUAUUAACUCUGUAUUAAUAUUUAAUUUAUUGAGCAUAAGACUAAGCUCGAUAAUAUAACUAAAUAAAUAAUAUUUUAAUUUAUAAGAAGUGUCUAUAUAAAACAAUUACUGUAUCAAAUCGAUGGAACAUUGGUUAUGCUAAUAACAACUACAUUUUGAUUUCAUUGAAAGCAGAUUUUUCUACAGCUGAUAAUAUUCGAAAAAAGAAAACACCACUUAAUUAAAUAAUUUAAUUAUUAUGUUGGCUUUUUCAUAAUUAAAUGAUGUUUAGCAGUAUUAUUUCGUUUUACGUGGUAUUAAAGUGCCUGGAAUUAAUUUUAUUCUACUUAUCCAUACAUCGAGCUAUUUGAAUAUAUUUUUGUAAAAAGAUUUUUUAAGAGAAUCGUACUGACCACGCAGCACCGAAAUAUGUACGGAGUGAGCAUGCUUCCAUGCACAAAAACGCACUGUUCAUAUCAUAUAGUUUUUAGUAAUGAUGACACGAAUCAGCAAUCGCAAAUGCAGUGUUGUUGUAUCUGUCAGCUCUGUCCCUUGUCCGCUCUUCAAUUCGCAAUAAAGUAGGUACUAAUCGGUCCAGUGUAAAAUUCACAUUGUUAUAUAUAACUAUGUAUAUGAACCUUCAUUUGUACAGGUAGUUUAAUUUGUGUGUUAAUAAACAAGUCGCUUUUAAA